GAAGAAGAAAUAUCUACAACUAAAUUCCCCCAGCUGAGUUCAUUUCAGUUGAUAUGUCUGUGUGAGCUUCGAAGCAAAAUAAAGAUGGGGCUACACUCACUUUCGACUUCUGCUUCCUUAAGCUUCUGGAACUUGUUUCUCAAUCCCAGAAACCCAACUCUUCACCAAUUUGGGUUCCUCUCAACAACUUUUGCUUCUCCUCUGCGCACCUCUUCAAGAGCAUGCAAAAUUGGUCGUCAAAGAUCAGUAUGCGGAAGAGUCAGUUGUAGCUUACUAAAAGUGGAAGAGGACAUAAAUGAUGAGUCAUGCGAACUAGUCAGUGGAAUUGAACUUUCAGUUGGCGAGGGUGAAGAUAGCAUCAAUGCUCAUCUCUUCAAAGCAGUGAAAAAUAAUAAUGGAACUGGUAUAUUGCUCUUGUCUGAUAUCUUUGGGUUUGAAGAUUCAUCCACAAGAGAGUUUGCGUACCGUGUUGCUUGAAAUGGUUAUAAUGUGUUACUUCCAGACCUAUUUCGUGGAGAUCCAUGGACAAAGCACAAACCAAAGACUUUGUUUGAUGAAUGGAUUGUGAAACAAGAACCUCAGAGGAUUGCAAAAGAUAUUGCCACAUCGACAAAGUGGAUGGUGGACGAAUUUUUGGCUAUAGGAAUCUCAAAGAAGCUUGGUUUGGUUGGUUUUUGCUUUGGUGGUGGCAAAGUAAUUGAUGAGCUAGCCAGGGACCAGGGUGCUUAUUUUGGUAUUGGGGUCUCCUUUUAUGGAACAAGGAUCGACCUCAGUGUAGCUUCUGAUGUUAAGGUUCCCGUAUUGUUUAUCUCAGGGGACAAUGACCCACUUUGCCCAGUCAAUGUCCUGGAGAACACUGAGAAAAUCAUUGGUAGGGUGUCUAGGCUGGUGACUUUCAAGGGAAGAGGUCACGGGUUUGCCCACCGACCUCAGUCUGCUGAAGAAGAUGAAGAUGCAGAGAAGGCUUUCCUGAUUAUGAGAAAUUGGCUCAAUGAUGGCUUGGUUGCACUAACUGAAUGAUAGACGUCCUCUCAACACUUGUGUGUAUUUUGAUCAAAGACAAAAAAGCUCAGUUCCUGAUGGGAGUGAUGGCAGUGAUUGAAGCCAUCAUUGUAAUAUAUGCUAUGUACAGCAGUUCAUGUUUGGUGAAGAUGCCGCUUAGCUUUGGUAGUAAAGACUCCAGGCAAAAUAUAUGCUUCUCAAGUUACGAUACUUCUGUCUCUC